UCGGUGUCGCCGUGUUGCUGUUAACGGAUCCAACAUGGCAGCUGGAACCCUGGAGAGCCACUGAAUUUAGGUGACUCGUCACACGGUCCUGCCUGUCAUCCUUCAGCGCUCAGGCGAGGUGUACUCAAAAGAGAUUCCUCCGGGCUUUUGUAUGCACGAUGAACCUGGUUCAAACCAUGGCAUCUCCAGUCAAAAAGACUUAGGGCGGUGCUGGGAAAGACCUGCCUGCGAUACCUCGGUGAGCUGCUGCCAGUUAGAUCCUGCAGAACUGGAGUGCAAGGACCAAAGGCAACAUACAGUCUUCUACAGUCAAAGGUUGAGAGCUGUUGUACUCAGCAUGGAAAGAUCCCAAGAUGGCAGAAGAUACCACAGAUAGAGCCACUGUCAACAGUGAACUGAUGACUCCUGAGAUACCUGCUGCAAGGGAAGCAGGGAAUGCUGUUUUCAUCCCAAAGUGCAUUAAAGACAAAAAAUACACAUUAGCAGCUGUUGCUGUCAUCACAGCUUUGGUCAUCACUAUAAUCGCCUUGGCUGUUGAAAAACCGCAGCCCUGUCCGCUGUGUCCACCCCCUGUUGAUGCCGCCUGCCCAGAUCGCUGGGUUGGGUACCUAGGAAAAUGCUAUUAUACAUCGGAAGACAAAAGGAAUUGGAGCGACAGUGAAUCUAGAUGUUCCUUCCUUGGUGCCUCUUUGGCUGUGAUUGACACCAAGCCGGAUCUGGAUUUUUUAUGGAACUUUACUCGUCCCUCUCAUUAUUGGAUCGGUCUUUCAAGAGAAGCAGGUCAGCCCUGGAAAUGGCCCAAUGGGACAGAGUUUGGAAACCUAUUUACAGUGCGAGGAGAAGGCUUUUGCGCUUACAUAAAUGACCUUGGGGUCAGCAGUACCAAAUGCGCUGUGUUGAAGAACUUCCUCUGCAGCCUAGCAGAUGCUUGCACCAAGAGGAAACAAAACAUCAACAAAAGGGAUACCUUGUGAUCCUCAUUUGUGUAAGGCGAGCACUGUCGGCUCUUUAGAGAUGCAAGUGUCACUGGAAGAACCACACUUUCAGCAGCUUGUUCCAGAGAUAAUCCUGCUUUUCGUCAUCAGCCCAUAAGAGAGAUUGAUCAAGAAUAGCGGCGACUGUCUUGUCACUGUGUUUGAACCUCAGCUAUGCCAUCAACUCACAAGAUGGCCUCAGACUACCAUUGCCUUAUCGGCCACGGGCUGUUGGACUCCAUCAGCCUCUGCCAGCAUGAACAGUGGCAUGGGAUUAUGGGAGUUGUAGUCCAAAACACCCAAAGCUUGUUGUAUGGAGGAACUGAGGCCUUAAAGGCACACUUCCUAAGUCAAUCACCAGCUGAGAAGCUGCCCUCCAUCUUGUCUGAAGAAUAAACUGUGAGCAGAACACCCAGCAAUUUGAGGCUAUGUGGAUGGUUGCCCAUUACACAAUGCUUUGGCCAAGGACCCAAACAUGCUUGCCGAACCUACCUGAAAAGGAAGAAUUACAGGAGACAUGUAAAUGAUUGCUGACCUGGAUGAAUGUAGUCCCUGCAAGCCUUGAAUCACCACCGGCCCAUGGUCUUGAUGUGCUCAGGGUCCGUGCCGCAGGCAGCAGCGGUUGUGACAGCCCCAAUGUGGAACAAGUGACCAGAUAAGUGAUUGGGGUUGCCCCCACACGCAAAAAUAACCUUUCUCAAAGCUGCAGUGAAUUGGCACUUGGACACCGGUUGUGUGUUAGCUUGAAUAAAGAGGGGCCCCCAGUGGGCUGGGCUGACCUUCAGGAACCUUCUUGUGUCAUAGACUGGGCGAAGGCCGCUGUUGGGGGAAGGGUCCAGAAUCAUAAAGGUGCCUCGACACAACUGAUCUAGGAACGUAUUCUGAGCUGCAGGGAGCCCUCAUAGAAGGUCAUGCCAUUAAGCAAAAAGCCUGCAUGGUAUAAUGGGCUGCACCCCCCAGUGUGCUCACCAAUGCGCAGGGCCCUGAAGAAUGCCAGAGCAUAUGCGGCCCAGAAUAACUUCACCUCAAAACUGGACCAGCAUACACCGUGCAACUUGCAACAAAUAAGCCGCAGUGUCUCGAAAAGUAAUAGGCUUUCUAGCAUCUGGCAAUGGGAGUGGUGGCUACGGCGCCAUCCCUCAAUGAGCUUUUUCAUGUGAAAACUAUUAUAAGGGUCGGGCAGCCGAAGAAAACAUUUGCUGAAAUAUGAAAUAGCAGCCCUGUGAAGGGUCAUGAUCUUAAUGGCCAACCCUUUCUGCUUGAGGAAGAUCAAGUAUUGUAGGACAUCAGACUCGGCUGCUGAGCCAGGCCUGGCCCUGAAUGGUUCAAAUGCGGACCAAGCCCUUAUAUACAGGUGAAACUCGAAAAAUUAGAAUAUUGU